GAUGCGGCGAUACUCGGCCGCAGGCGCGCGGCAGCAGCAGCAGACAGAGGCCGUUGCCGACCGCGUGCACCGCUACCGAGGGGUGCUGAUGGUGAUGCUCGCGCCGAUUCUCCUUAUCUCGUUCGUGCUGCUUCUCAUGCCACGCGCGCCGACCUCCGCCUCAGGGGGCGGGCUCCUCGCCGCUGGCGGCCGGAGGUGGGGCCCCCGGGCCGUUGACGACGGAUCGACCAAGUACGCGGUGAUAUUUGACGCCGGCAGCUCCGGGAGCCGCGUGCACGUGUAUUGCUUCGACGGGAACCUGGAUCUAGUGCCUAUAGGGAAGGAGAUCGAGCUGUUCAAGCAGAAAAAACCAGGCCUGAGUGCUUAUGCGAAGGAUCCACAGGAGGCUGCCGAAUCACUUGUUUCUCUUCUAGAGGAAGCUGAAAAGGUAGUUCCAGUAGAGUUGCGUGACCAAACUCCUGUCAAGGUUGGGGCCACUGCAGGUCUCAGAGCAUUAGGAACUGAAAGGUCCGAAGAAAUUUUGCAAGCGGUUAGGGAUCUUCUUCGUGACAAGAGUUCUUUCAAAUCCCAACCAGAUUGGGUCACUGUACUAGAUGGAUUUCAGGAAGGCGCAUUCCAGUGGGUUACCAUCAAUUAUCUUUUGGGAAAAUUGGGAAAGCUGUACUCAAACACAGUUGGAGUUGUUGAUUUAGGGGGUGGUUCAGUCCAAAUGGCUUAUGCUAUCUCGGAGAAGGAUGCAGCAAAGGCACCUGAAGCGGCAGAAGGUGAAGAUUCUUAUGUGAAGAAGCUGUUACUCAAAGGAACCACAUACUAUCUUUAUGUUCACAGUUAUUUGCAUUAUGGUUUGCUGGCGGCGAGAGCAGAGAUCUUAAAAGCUGGUGAAGGCAAUGAUUACAGCAACUGUAUCUUGGAGGGACAUCAUGGUAAAUACAAAUAUGGUGACGAUACAUUUGAAGCAUCAAGUUCGUCUUCUGGUGCUAGUUAUACCAAGUGCAGGGCUCUUGCAGUGAGAGCUCUUAAAGUUGACGAACCAGCAUGCACUCACAUGAAAUGCACAUUUGGUGGUGUGUGGAAUGGUGGUGGUGGAGAUGGACAAAAGAAUCUUUUUGUAGCAUCAUUUUUCUUUGAUAGGGCUGCUGAGGCUGGUUUUGUGAACCCAAAAUCAGCAGUUGCUAAGGUUAAACCCUCAGACUUCGAAGAAGCUGCACGACGUGCUUGUAAAUUGAAUGUGAAGGAUGCACAGGCCAUCUACCCCGAUGUCUCAGAGGAGAACAUUCCAUACCUUUGCAUAGAUCUUGUCUACCAGUACACAUUACUUGUCGAUGGAUUUGGCGUGGAUCCUUAUCAAAACAUUACCUUGGUAAAGAAAGUGCCUUAUAGCAAUUCCUUCGUCGAAGCAGCAUGGCCCCUUGGUAGUGCCAUUGAGGUUGCAUCUUCAUCAUAAGCAGAAACAGCUUGGCAGUAACUUAUUAAAAAAAAAAGAUAUCCCAGCAUUAUAGUUUUGGCUUAGUUUACUGAUCUGGAGUAGUGAAUUUAGAUCCUGUGUUUGAUGCUAGGGUUUUGCCUUGAUUCACCAUUUGUUCUCUAUUUUUCAUUCUUUUUGUUUAGCUUCCUAUAGAUUAACGUAUACAUGAGGAGUAUAGAUUGGAUUUGUUCCGUGCCAGCAUUUCCUGUUUAUUUUAGACCAUAGCCUCUGUCAUUCUUUUGAACUUCGAUGCUGAUACACACAUCUUUUAAUCAUCCCCUAAUAUGCUUUGCGAGUUUAUUGCGAUGUCAUUACUUUGU